ACGCCUGCCGGGCGGCGGCAUCGCGGAGCUGCAGCGGCGGGGCAGGCCCUCAGUGCCCGGCGCAGCCCUGCCCUCGUCCCGCCGAGCGGCGGAUGGGCACAGGGGGGGCAGCGGCUCGGCCAUGGCCAGCGGCGGCCCCGAGGAGGGGGAGGCGGUGGCGGGGGAGGAACAAGCCCUGAGGAAGCUGGUCGUCCGGCUCCAAAACGUCCAGGAGAGGAAGCGGCUGGACACGCUGGUGCAGACCCUCAGCGACCUGCUGGAGCUGGCGGCCCGGCAGAGCGCUCCUCGGCUCUUCAGCGGCAAAAACGUCCACGUGCCCCUGCUGCUGGUGGUGGAUCUGUACCCGGGAGCGGCGGGCGUGCAGCAGAUGGGCUGGUCACUUCUUUGUAAAUUGUUAGAAAUUUGUCCAAGUACUCUACAAAACAUAGCUCCUAAGGAUGUUGGGAAGGACUGGGAAGUACUGGGUGUUCAUCAGCAGAUUCUUAAAAUGCUUACAAUCCACAAAGGAAAUAUAAAUCUUUCAAUAACAGGACUAAAAGCAUUAAAUCUACUCCUCGUGUCAGACAUAAUUGCUUUCCUGCUCUUGGAAGAAGAGGUGGAUGUGUUUUCCUUGGUAUUUAAUGCCAUGCACACCUUCCCUAAAAAUGAAGAGAUCCAACAACAUGGAUGUAAAGCAUUAYACCAACUUUUUGAGAAAGUUCCAGAAGAGCAGCUGACUGAAUUUGUUGAAAGCAAAGAUCAUAUGGUCAUACUGAAAGUAUUUAAAGAGUUUCCAGAGAAAGAAGAGGUGAUUCUUCCUGCACUUUAUUCAUUACAUUCCUUAGCUGGUCCACCCAGCAAUGUUGAAGUGCUCAUGUCUGGAAAUGUUCGCUGCUACAAUGUUAUAGUGGAAAUGAUGAAGAGUUUYCCCAAUAGUGAAACAGUUCAGGAAGUGAGUUGCUGUUUGUUGCACAAGCUUACAUUGGGAAAUUUUUUCAAUAUCCUUGUAUUACAUAAGGUUCCAGAAGUCAUUGUGAAGGCUGUUACAACAUAUCCUGAAAAUGCAAAGUUACAAGCUGCAGCUCUCAGUUGUUUAGCUCUUCUAACUGAAACAAUAUUCUUAAACCGGGACUUAGAGGAAAGAAAAGAAGAAGAGGAAGAAAAAUUAUGCUGGUUGGAAGCAUGUUACAGAGCAUUAGAACUGCACCGAAAAAAUACAGAUGUGCUGGAGGCUGCGUGCUGGGCUUUGAAAAAUCUGUUUCUGUAUCAACGCAACCUUCAUGAGAAGAUUGGAGAUGGAGAUAAUCAGUUCCCAAUAGACAGAGCAGUGAUGCUCUCCAUGCUGAUGCACUCCUCUUCAAAAGAAGUGUUUCAGGCAGCUGCUAGUACCUUGGCAAUUUUGUCACAACAAAAUGUAAAUAUUAGGAAGACACUUUUGACAAAAGGCAUACAUAUGAAUGUUUUGGAUAUAAUGAGGAAACAUCCACAUUCUCCUGAAGUGGUUGAAAGUGCCUGCCGGAUUCUGAAUCAUGUUUUCGAAGGAAGUUUCCCUCAUCUGGAUGUGAUGACAGUUGCAGUAUCAGAAGUUGUAAAAGCCAUGAGAAAACAUGAAAAAUCACUCUCUGUACAACUGGAAGCACUUCGAGUCCUUUUACACUUCAUGAUGCCUGAUACAAAGAAUGGACACCAAAAUGGUUCUUCCAGAGAUGUGGGAGAUGCUGCUUUUGCACUUACUGUAAAAGUCAUUAAAAGCCAGUGUCUGUUAGAGGGAACUCACUCAUUGGUGCUUAACGCUUUAAACAGGUUUAUUGGAAAUCCUAGCAUUCAGAAGUGUGGAUUAAAACUACUUGGUUCUGUAGCUGAGUGCACUGGUGCACUAGAAAUUUUAACCCAGCAAGGAGCUACUGACACUGUGCUUCACACCCUCCAGAUGUAUCCAGAUGAACAAGACAUACAGUGUUUGGGUUUGAGUCUUCUACGCUCUUUGAUUACAAGAAAGGGUUUGUGUAUUGCAACUAUGCAUGUCCUGUCAGCAGUUCUGGUUUCUACUCUGCGACGAUUUAAAGAAGUCACUGAAAUCCAGAUGCAUGGAUUUCAUGCCAUCUUGACYAUUCUUGGUUUGUCACCUUGCUUUGCAAAGCUGCUGGUAAAUGAAUCAUUUGACACAGUCAUUUUCUACCAGAUGUCUAUGUGUUUCACUGACCAGCGAGAUCAACAGUUUCAAAGCCUGUGUUGUAAAUGUUUUGCUAAAAUAGCUGAAAAUGAUGAUUUAAAAAAUAUGAUGCUGGAAAAGGCAUGUAUGGAGUACAAUAGUAUUAUGGCUGAAUGUUUACUUCUGCUGGGAGCUGAUAUUAAUAAGAAGACAAAGACAAACUCUUUGAUCUACCAGGUUUGUGAGAAAGGAAAUAAUCCUAAAUUGGUGGAAUUGCURUUAGCCAAUGGUGCUCGGGAGCAGGAUGUCCGAAGUGCUUUGACCAUCAGUAUAAAGAGGGGAGACAGCCAAAUCAUCAGCCUGCUCUUAAAGAAGCUUAGCCUUGAUGUCACCAACAGCAGUAUAUGUCUUGGAGGAUUUGGUUUUGGCAGACUAGAACCUUCCUGGCUCAUUCCUUUGUUCCCAGAUAAACUUACUCAAACAAGAAAACCAAAUGCAGGUUCUGCACUGGCAAGGAUGGUGCUCAAAUUCCAAAUGAAGAAUAUUUCAGAGGACAGAUCAAGAACCUCCUCUGAUCUAAACUUCUCUGAAGAUGGAGUGGAUAGAAAUGAUGAUUGGAAUUUCAUACCUGACCCAUUAGUGGACAGUGUUUUUCCUUUGAAUGAUGAUAUUGAUAGUGAAGGAAGUGAAGGUUCACUCUUUACAAAAAAGAAGUCCAACUCCAUUGCAGUUGCUGAUUUAUAUUACAGAGAAAUGGCAAGUCARAGAAGUUCUCCCACUUUGCCACGACAUUCCUACUCUGUGGGACCUGGCUCAGAUUAUGAACCAUUAAUGAAACAAAGACGAAAAUUCUUGCUCUCAGAUGAACCUCYGAAAGGCAUCUCAAAAUUGUCAUCACAUAUAAGACCAUCAGACAGUCUUUCUUCAUUGAUCUCAGACAAAGAAUAUAUUAAAUCACUAGACCUGUCAUCAAAUGAGCUGGAGAAUAUUGAUGCCAUCAGCCAGAAUAGCUGCUUAACUUGUCAUCUGGAACACCUUGAGAAACUGGAGCUCCACCAGAAUGCUCUUACAAACAUUCCACAACAACUGUGUGAAAACUUGAAGUGCUUGACUUACUUGGAUUUGCACAGUAACCGAUUUACUUCCUUCCCAACUUACUUACUGAAAAUGAAUUGUAUUGCAAAUCUUGAUAUCUCUCGAAAUGACAUUGGACCUUCCUUUGCUUUGGAUCCAUGCCUCAGAUGUCCAACUCUAAAGCACCUUAACCUUUCAUACAAUCAGCUGGUGUGCACUCCCGAAUUUCUUACAAGUGUUGCUGAAAAUCUGGAGCAGCUCUUGCUGGAAGGAAACAAAAUUUCAUGUUUAUGUUCACCCCUAUGCUUGAAAGAACUGAAAAUUUUAAACAUUAGUAAGAAUAAUAUUUCAUCCCUUGCUGAGAAUAUCUUCAUGGGCUGUACAAAACUGGAGCAGUUCAAUGCCAGGAUGAAUGUUCUUGAAAAAAUACCUGACUUGUCAUCCAGCAUAACAAGUUUAAAAUUAUCCCAAAAUUGUUUUAUUGAUGUUCCAGAARCAAUUCUUCAUCUACCACAUUUGCGAUCAGUAGAUUUAAGCCAAAACAAGAUCGUCARCCUGCCUGGACCGAUGCACUGGAAGUCAUCAAAUUUACGGGAGCUGUUAUUUAAUCAUAAUCAAAUAGAUGUCUUGGAUUUGAGUGAAAAGGCAUGUACAUGGUCUAGGCUAGAAAAGCUACACCUCUCCCACAACAAGUUAAAGGAGAUUCCUCCUCAGAUUGGCUUCCUAGAGAACUUGACYUCUCUGGAUGUAAGUCAUAAUCCUGAUUUGAGAUUCUUUCCCGAUGAAAUGGGAAGACUGUCCAAAGUCUGGGAUCUUCCWUUGGAAGGACUCCAUCUUAAUUUAGAUUUCAAACAUGUGGGAUGCAAAGCCAGAGAUAUUAUCAGAUUUCUUCAACAGCGAUUGAAGAAGGCUGUGCCUUAUAACAGAAUGAAGCUSAUGAUUGUUGGAAACACUGGCAGUGGCAAAACUACCUUGCUGCAACAACUAAUGAAAAGCAAACGGAUGGAAUUGGGCUCUCCAAAAGCCACAGUAGGCAUUGAUGUAAAAGACUGGAUCAUUCAAGGGAAAGGCAAAAUGAAGAAGGAGCUUGUAUUAAAUGUGUGGGACUUUGGAGGACAAGAAGAGUUUUACAGUACCCAUCCUCAUUUUAUGACCCAGAGGGCUUUAUAUCUUGCUGUUUAUGAUCUCAGCAAAGGACAAGCAGAGGUGGAUGCUAUGAAGCCAUGGCUUUUUAACAUCAAGGCUCGAGCUUCAACAUCCCCUGUCAUUCUUGUUGGCACUCAUUUGGAUGUUUCUGAUGAAAUGCAACGGAAGGCCUGCAUGAGUAAAAUCACYAGAGAGCUGUUGAACAAGCGAGGCUUCCCAGCAAUCCAGGAUUACCAUUUUGUGAAUGCUACAGAAGAAUCUGAUUCCAUUAUCAGACUUCGGAAAAUCAUCAUAAAGGAGAGUCUUCACUUCAAGAUCAGAGAUCAACCAGUGGUUGGUCAGCUAAUUCCUGACAGCUACCUGGAGCUGGAAAAGAGAAUUUUGCUGGAACGUAAAAAUGUCCCAGUGGAAUUUCCUGUGAUCGAUCAGAAACGCUUACUGGAGCUGGUCCAAGAAAGCCAGUUACAAUUGGAUGAAAAUGAACUCCCUCACGCGAUUCACUUUCUGAAUGAAUCAGGUGUUCUCCUUCAUUUUCAAGACCCAGCACUACAACURAGAGAUCUGUAUUUUGUAGAUCCAAAGUGGCUGUGUAAAAUCAUGGCACAGAUUCUGAUGGUGAAAGURGAAGGCUGUUCUAAAUAUCCUAAGGGAAUUGUAAAGCGUUCAGAUGUGGAAAAAUUCCUGCUAAAGAAGAGCAAGUUUCCAAAGAUCUAUAUGUCACAAUACUUCAAGCUUCUAGAAAAGUUUCAGAUUGCUUUGCCAUUAGGAGAGGACCAGCUGCUAAUCCCAAGCAGUUUGUCUGAUCACAGACCUGUUAUAGAGCUUCCCCACUGUGAAAAUUCAGAAAUUAUCAUCAGGCUUUAUGAGAUGCCAUACUUUCCAAUGGGAUUUUGGUCCAGGCUGAUCAACAGGUUGCUUGAGAUAUCUCCAUACAUGCUAUCAGGAAGAGAGCGAGCUCUUCGUCCUAACAGAAUGUACUGGAGACAAGGCAUCUACUUGAAUUGGUCUCCUGAAGCUUAUUGUCUAGUGGAGUCAGCGGUAUUUGACAGCAAUCCAGACAGUUUCUUGAAAAUUACAGCACCUUCUUGCAGAAAAGGGUGCAUCCUUUUGGGGCAAGUUGUGGAUCACAUAGAUUCUCUUAUGGAAGAAUGGUUUCCAGGUUUGUUGGAAAUAGAUGUAUGUGGUGAAGGGGAAACACUGUUGAAGAAAUGGGCUCUGUACAGCUUUCAAGAUGGWGAAGAACACCAAAAAAUAUUACUUGAUGACUUACUUAGGAAGGCUGAAGAAGGUGACCUUUUGGUAAAUCCAGAUCAACCAAGGCAGACCAUUCCAAUUGCUCAGAUUGCUCCUGAUCUGAUAUUGGCUGAUUUGCCUAGAAAUAUUAUGUUGAACAAUGAUGACUUGGAAUUUGAUGAAGCUCCUGAAUUUCUCUUGGGUGAYGGUGGSUUUGGAUCUGUGUACCGUGCAUCCUAYGGUGGAGAAGAGGUUGCUGUAAAGAUUUUCAAUAAACAUACUUCCCUCAGGCUCCUGAGACAAGAGCUUGCAGUGCUUUGUCACCUCCACCACCCCAGUUUGGURUCUUUGCUGGCUGCUGCAAUCCGUCCCCGGAUGCUGGUGAUGGAAUUAGCCCUCAAAGGAUCUCUUGAYCGUUUGCUUCAACAAGACAAUGCAAGUUUAACCAGAACACUUCAGCACAGGAUAGCUCUACAUGUGGCUGAUGGCUUAAGGUACCUGCAUUCAGCAAUGAUCAUCUACCGUGAUUUAAAGCCUCACAAUGUGYUGCUCUUUACCUUAUAUCCCAAUUCAGCUGUUAUUGCAAAAAUAGCUGACUAUGGCAUUGCCCAGUAUUGUUGCCGAAUGGGAAUAAAAACUUCUGAAGGCACACCAGGAUUUCGAGCUCCAGAGGUUGCCAGAGGAAAUGUUAUUUACAAUCAGCAAGCUGAUGUUUAUUCAUUUGGCUUGCUGCUUUAUGACAUUUUAACAGGAGGAGAUAGAAUAAUGGAAGGCUUGAAGUUUCCAAAUGAAUUUGAUGAACUAGCAAUACAAGGAAAGUUACCAGAUCCUGUCAAAGAAUAUGGGUGUGCCCCCUGGCCUGAAGUUGAAAAUUUAAUUAAAAAGUGUUUGAAGGAAAACCCUCAGGAACGGCCAACAUCUUGCCAGGUUUAUGAGAUCCUGAAUUCUGCAGAGCUUAUCUGUUUGAUGAGGUAUGUCUCAAUACCCAGCACGUCUACAGCAGAGUGCAUGGUGGCUGCCAAUCAAAGCUGCAAGAAGGCAGGAGUCUGGAUAGGCAAUGGAAACACAGAAAAGGCACAGCUUUCAUUUGUUAACCUAAAUACAGAUGGACAUACUUGUGAGGAUAUUGCUGACAGUAAAAUUAUAAGUUUGGCCUUAGUGACUCUUCCUGCUGAGAAGGAAAACUGGAUUGUGGCAGGAACCCAGUCUGGUUCUCUGUGGGCAGUUAACACAGAAGAUGAAACAAGGCAUCGUCUGCAGAAAAUGUCAGAUUCCAUCACUUGUUUGUUCUGUAAUUCUCUUUCAAAGCAAAGCAAACAGAAGAAUUUCUUCUUGGUAGGCACAGCUGAUGGCAAACUAGCAGUUUUUGAAGACAGAGCUGUAAAGUGUAAGGGUGCUACACCUUUGAAGAUACUGACUAUAGGAAAUGUUAGCACACCCCUGAUGUGCUUAAAUGAAUCCUCAUGCUUCUCUGAAAAAAAUGUCAUCUGGGGAGGCUGUGGAACAAAAAUCAUUGCCUUAAGCAGUGACUUCUCUGUUCAAAAGCUUAUUGAAACAAAGACAAGUCAACUGUUCUGUCAUAAUGCUUACAGUGAUGCAAACAUUAUUUCAAUAGCAAUAGACAAAUCCAUCUACUUGGCAAAGAAAAACAGCCAUUUUGUGGAAAUUUGGGACAAGAAGACAGAAAAACUUUCAGAAUUAAUUGACUGUGCACAUUUUCUGAAGAACAAAGUGGAAAAAUUAAGUAAGGAAUCAAAACAUAAACUGGCUUAUUCUGGAAGAGUGAAGACAAUUUGCCUGCAGAAAAACACAGCGCUGUGGAUAGGGACAGGAGGAGGACAUAUCUUGCUGCUCGAUUUAUCAACGCGUCGUCCUGUACGAGUUAUAGACAAGUUCUGUGAUUCUGUUCGAGUCAUGAUAACAGCUCAGCUGGGGAAUCUCAAGAAUGUGGUCCUUGUUUUGGGAUAUUGCUAUAAAAGUGACACCGAAGACAACAAAUAUCACAAAGAGUUACAAUCCUGCGUAUCAGUGUGGGACAUUAACCUGCCCCAUGAAGUGCAAAACCUGAAAAAACACAUAGAAAUGAGACAGGAAUUAGCAGAAAAAAUGAAGAGCUUUUCUUUGRACUGAAAAGUCACCGUGCAAGUGCCAUUUUCUUUUCUAGUCUUCCAUCCUAACAUGCUGUGCAAUAUUUACAACUUCUUGUUGUUUUUAAACUAAAUCAGAAAGAAAAUUACCAUGAGUACUGGUAGGAUACUAAGAAGAAGGAAGUUAUUUGUAAUAUUUAAAAGGACAGAAAACUGUUGAGAAUUUCUUAUUCUAAAAUGUUAUUAUGCAUCUGUUGUUUACCUGUGAAGUUCUGCUCUCUGCARCUAUGGCUCAACUUCAGUAUAACAUUGUUCAUCCAAUUUUUGAUCCCAGUUAAACUGGGAAUAAGCCAGGAGAUUAUAAGUGGCUCUAAUUUACUUCAUUAUCUCUACUGAGCUGAUGCUCUAAUAAGAAGCAAAAUUUAAGCCUCUGUGUGUUUACUGCAGUUUGCAUGUAUGAGUUUGCUCUUAYGAUUCAUAGUUUAGUAAUGUCAGGGUUCAUGACCCUAUGAAAAAACAUCGUMUUUUAUCUAACAGCAGUGUUUAAAAGAAUACAUAAUGACUACAYUGCUCUUUGAAAACAACAGGCAGAAUUGUCUGUAUUUCUUUCAUGAAUAAUUGACUAUUUUUUCAUUAUGACCGGGAAACACCCCAUUGUGCUACAAUAACAAAAUAGCUCUGAAUUAAACACACCGAGAGGCUUCCACAUGUGGGGUGUCCUCUUGCAGUGCUGCAGUCUGCCUGCUCCUAGGAGAUGCAGUCACACCACUGGGAACGCUGCCAGUCAUGUAGAUCUCUUGUACAGCUCUCUUGGAAGAGAGAAAAAAAAGCACAGGGUGAAUGCCCUGAUCUAAAUGCUGCUACGACUUGCUCUUAGUCCAACUUGCUUGUUUGCUUACCUCAGUCAAAAAAAAGGGCACUUCCACUUUGAUUUUUCUAACAUGCAAAGUUUCCAUUAACUCAUUCUUGUUUGAAUUUAUAUUGUUAUUUUGGGAGAGAAUCAAGGGAACCUUGAGGAAUGUAAGAAUUGGCUGCUUCUUCCAAAUUUGUUUCCACACAUUGUCAUUCAAGAGACAUCUUUUGCUGCUCUCUGGCUGUAAAUCCAAGCUGCUGCUUACAGCCCACACUGCUGUGGGCUUCCCUGCUCUAAGGAAGUGCCUUAUUUCUGUCCAGCUGAAGACAAAUGUCAUUCUCCUUUCUUUGGAUACCGGAAGAAUCCACAAGGUGUUCCCAAAAUCUCAAGGAGUAGAGUAUCCAGAGCCAUUCCUGAGUCUAUGGAGAUGAACAAGGUUGAGCAACCAAAGAGUUCUCAGUUUUUUGUGGUUUUUUUUUUUUUUUUUUUUUUUUUUGAGAAAAUUUUAUAUUGGGAUAACAGCAUUUCUUGUGUCCAAUUCUAGCAUUGUUCUAUUAUUUUCUGCCAGUUGUGGAGUGCAUACUCAGGAUUCCUUUCAGAUAUGCAUCCCAGUUUUUAUGUAUUCUUAUAAUGUGUACUGAGAAGAAUUUGCUAUUUAUAUCAGAUUUUAUAACUCAGAAAAUAUCUAUUAUCUUAGAAUGAAUAUUGUUUUUUUAAAGAAAAGAAUUUAUGCAUUGUGAUUAAGUUUAUUUGUAAGUAAUUUUGAAAUGUAAGCCUUAAACAUUUUUAUUAAA